AGCAUGGCGGCCCUCUGCAGAGUCAGGUUGCAGGCUCUUCGAUGAACUGUUGGAGUUUAUUAAUACAUUGGGAUAACUGCCUGCCUUCUGCUCACCACAACGCCAUCACUGUACUGUCAGUACUCAUUUUUUAAGGCCAGUAUCUAUUUUUUAAGUGUUUCGAAGAUGUAUCGGCGCGGAGCUGCAAAGAGGGACCACAACAACAAACCAGCGAAGAAGGAUGUGAGCGACAGCGACAAAUACGCCGACCUGCUUGUUUUCGGCUAUGCCUGCAAACUGUUCCGGGAUGACGAAAAGGCUCUUUACCACGAAUAUGGAAAGCAUCUUAUCCCAUGGAUGGGGGACAAGAGCAUCAUGAUUGAUAGGUCGGUUGAACAAACUUAGACCGAAACCUUAUGCUAACCAUCUCUGCUAGCCUGUUUCAAAAUUCAAGGGACAAGUCGGAUGUUUUAUGCCGUAAGCUUUGGAAAACCUGUACAUGACAAACAAUGAGAUGCUUUCUUCCUGCUAACUUGUCUUAUGAUGUCUUGAACUUUCAACAAAUGUUGUCUGAUAUCUACAAUAACAUGCUAACAUGCAGAUGGCUAAAGUUAGCCUCAACAGGCCUAUAAAUACGCAUGCGCACACUGAAAGCAAAACUAAAAUGGAAAUCAAUAAAUUAUUUUUCCAUAUUUGAACUAUUUUGUGUCCUUUUUAAAGUAGGCUUUGCAUUUUAGCAUGUUUGGAGAACUUCCUGUGGAGAUAUCAGUUUUAUAUUGAAUAUUUGCAUUAAAGUUUUGCCUAACUUUAUAUUUUUUUCCUGUCAUUUUCUUCUUGCCUUAAAUGUUGAGGUGUUUCAAAUGCCUUGUUGUAUUUUGCAACAUUAGAGCAAAAUCUAACCGGAAUGGGUCCCUGUAAUCAAGGUGGUUCAAAAUAUUAAUCUGGUUUGUGCUUUCACUCAGUUAAAAAAUCACCUUUUUUAAAGUGAAUAUAUAGGUAAUAUGCUUUAUAUAGAAAACACUAUAGUUUCCCAUAUUUUAAACAUUUAAAUCACCUUGGUCUGCAGUGACCCAGCUUAUAUUUCAUUUGUGCACAGUUUGUAUGUGUGUCUUUAUCACAUAACCCGGUUUUUCCCCAGCAAGUUAGGCUUAGGGGUCCUUCCAAACCCCGAAUGCCCUCCACAGCCUCCCAUUUCUUUGUCUCCAUGAAGAAACUACAACAGAGCGAUGCCGUAGAGGGACGAACCUUGGAAAAUGUCGUCCAUUUGGGUUCUUACGGAUAGAUACGAUGGCCGUGGUCACUUACAUGACCUGUCAGAGUAUGACAGCGGGUCAUGGAAUACAUCCUACCAGCUGUCAGAAGAGGAGGCCAGGAUUGAGGCCCUUUGUGAUGAAGAGAGGUACCUGGCUCUGCACACUGACCUCUUAGAGGAGGAGGCUAGACAAGAGGAAGAGUACAAACGACUGAGUGAAGCUCUGGCCGAUGAAGGGACUUACAACGCGGUGGCCUUCAAAUACAGCGCCGACUACUACGACCCCUCACAGCCCACAGAAGAGGAGGAGGCCAACAGGUUGUCCGAAGAGGCAGAGCCUGCAGAGAGUGAAGAACCAUUUGUUGCUCCCCCAGGACUUGAUAUCCCUCCAGACGUCGAGCUGCCGGCAACCGUGAAGACCCACAACAUCAUUGAGAGGACAGCCAACUUUGUGUGUCAACAGGGAGCUCAGUUUGAGAUCGUGCUAAAAGCAAAGCAGGCUGGUAAUUCCCAAUUUGACUUCCUGCGCUUCGACCACUACCUGAACCCGUAUUACAAGCACAUUCUGAAGGCCAUGAAAGACGGCAAAUACAAAGUGGCCUCUACUGGGAAGCAGGAACAGUCACAAGAGUCAAAUUCUGAUGAUUCCGAUGAUGAUUGUGAUGGCAACUACCUCCAUCCCAGCCUUUUUGCCCCCAAAAGGUGCUCCCGCCUGGAGGAGCUGACUAGGCCUCUCAAGGUAAUGGACCCUGAUCAUCCGCUGGCUGCACUCGUUCGGAAAGCUCAGCAGGAAAGAAACGGGGUGGCCCCUGUGGAAACCAAACCAGAGGAGGCUCCAACCAGCACACCCAUCCAGUAUUCUGCUGAGCCUGUAAUGUACUAUGGCUACUACAUGCUACCAGAUGGGUCGUGCUGCUUUGCCCCUCCCCCCCCAGGUGUCGAUGCCACCUCAUACUAUAGUAGCAUCCCCCCAGCUGCUAUGGCAGCCCCUGCUUCUGCUGAAGCUUUGCAGCAGGUAAGGACUGCCCCCACACCCGCUGAAGCUGUCACAUUGGCAGCUCCUGCUCCUGCUGCAGCGGCAGCUCCUCCUCCUCAAGUCUCCAGCUCCACGCCUCCUGUCAACGCAUCAGAGACCAGCUCAAAAGUUGAACCCUCGGUCUCCACAUCAGCGACACAGGCUAUCGUUCCUCCUCCACCCGACAUCCAGCCCGUCAUCGACAAGCUGGCUGAAUAUGUGGCAAGGAAUGGGGUGAAGUUUGAGGCCAGUGUUCGCGCCAAGAACGACCCCCGGUUCGACUUUCUGCAGUCUUGGCAUCAGUACAACAUCUAUUAUGAGUAUAAGAAGAAUUACUUCAUGCAAAAGGAGGGAAGAGGCUUGUCAGAGAACGGCAAAGAAAACGAGCCUGAAUCCGAUAAAUCAGCCGACGGGUCAAUGCUGACAAAAGCCUCUUUCGCACCCAUCAGUUUUGCCAUCAAACCCAAGGAAAACGACCUGCUUCCUUUAGAGAAAAACAGAGUGCGACUGGAUGAUGACUCUGACGAGGAUAAGCUGCUGGAGGAGGCGAGUCUAGAGGCUGUGAUGAGUGGGGUUGAAAUGGCUGUGAAGGAGGCGGUUCCAGCGAUCACACCUGAAGAAAAGAGAGCCACCCUCAGUUUGGAGGAACUGGAAGCAAAACAAGCCAAGCAGAAACUGGAGGAUCGUCUUGCAGCUGCAGCCAGGGAGAAGCUGGCCCAGGCGUCAAAGGAGUCCAAGGAGAAACAGCUGCAGGCGGAGCGGAAGAGGAAGGCAGCGCUCUUCCUACAGACUCUCCGUGGCCCCGCCGCUGGAGAGCCCGAGGCCAAGAGAGCCGAGCUAGAUGCAUAUGCACAACUUGAGAUGCAAGAAGCCUUGUCUGCUCUGUGUGAUCCUGCACCUGCUGAAGUCUAUCAGGCAACAACUUUUUGUCAUCAAAAUCAAAGGCACUCGGCAGAGAACAACGAAACCAAGCGCAGCAGGGAAAUCACCCACAUCUCAUCGUCCUCUUACUCCGGGUCCAAAGGCUCUGAUAGAGACAGAGAGCGAGACCGAGACCGUGACCGCAACAGAGAGCGAGACAGAGAAAGAGAUCGAGACAGAGACCGCAUCAAGGGGCGGGAUAAAGACAAAAAGAAAAAGAAACACAAGAGAAGGUCAAGAUCACGGUCUAGGUCGAGGUCUAGAUCGAAGACCAGCCACUCUCUCCCUAGUGCCUACAGACGAUCCCGUAGAUCCCGAUCUCGCUCACACUCGCCGGGGAGGAGGGACAGGAGGGGCCACUCAGCAGAAAGGAGGCGCGAUGAGAGAAAUCGCUAUCACCCCAGUAGCAGUUCCAGCUUGCAAAGAAGGCAUUCAAAGUCUAGGUCCCCUCCUGAAAAAGAAAAACGCUCCACGUUGUCUUCAAAAAACAUGCAAACUAUGGGCUCCUAUGUCUCCCCUUAUUCCUCACCCAGAGUUUUGUCCCAGUCUGCCAGCCCGGCAUCAAGCUUUGGCCAAUCCAGGGGCGCUUCUCAAGAGAAAGACAAGGCAGUGUCCUCAUCCAUAGUAUCCUCUGUGCAGUCCAAAAUAACUCAGGACCUGAUGGCCAAAGUGAGAGCCAUGCUGGCCACCUCCAAGACCUUCCAGCCCCCCACCUCCUAGAUACAACUUGACCUGCAGCCAUUUUCUCUGUUCCUUCAUGACCGUUGAUGUCAUCCGUCAGCGGGGCGUUCAGAUGAAGUCACACUGGAAAUGUUACGGGGCAUCCACAAUCUAAUGCUAAAUUUUUACUGAUUUAUUUGAUUGAUGUCAGUCAUUUUGACAGCAUUACCUGAAGCUGCUGUAAAUCUAAAUGACCUUCUAUGAAGGGUUAUGUUUUGAUAACUUCAUUCUUAAUUCUCUUUCUUCCUCCACAUCUCCUUCUCUCUGCUGCCGUCGCUCUUUCCUUUCUGCCCGGAGAAGCCGUUUUAUUUUUGUUUGUUUUUUAACUGAACAUGCUUUUCUCAGCUGUAGUAACGUGGCCUUUCUUUCUGUUCUUGGUUUGUACUGUAAUAACGUUAAUGCAGAACAACUUCCAUAAUCUGAUCAGUCAAUAAAGUUUCA